AUGGAGAGAAAUAAGAUUGAUACAGAUAAAGGAGCAUACUCUACUGAGCAUGUCUCUGCAGGUGAUGGGAGGAAUAAAAAGAAUCAUCAGAGCACUAAUAGUUGUAAACCUGACUUCGCGCUGUUCAAAACCACAAUCGAUCUGCUGCUGCGAAAUAUGUCCCAUGUACAGAAAGCACAAGUCAGUGCCAGGAGCGUGUGCUCGGAGCGAGCCUCAGAGGGAUUCCCGACGCCGCUGGAGCUGCGCCGCUCGCUGCCGGCCGGCCCCGGGACCCGCCGCGCUCCAGGCGCCAUGAGCCGCGCAGCCGCCGCGCUGGGGCCGCUGCCCGCGCUGCUGCUGCUGCUGCUGCCCGCGCGCACGGCGCUGCUGGCCGGGGCCUGCAGCUGCGCGCCCGCGCAUCCCCAGCACCUCAUCUGCGACGCGGCCCUGGUGAUUCGAGCAAAGAUAUCCAGUGAGAAGGUGGUUCCUGCCAGUGAUAAUCCUCUUGAUACCCACAAAAUGAUCCGGUAUGAAAUCAAACAAAUAAAGAUGUUUAAAGGAUUUGAAAAGGUCAAGGAUGUCCAGUAUGUCUAUACCCCUUUUGAUUCGUCCCUCUGUGGUGUGAAACUAGAAGCUAACAACAAAAAACAGUAUCUUUUGACAGGCCAAAUUUUAAAUGAUGGUAAAGUCUACAUCCAUUUAUGCAACUACAUUGAACCAUGGGAUGAUUUAUCCUUGUCUCAAAAGAAGAGUCUUAACCAGAGAUACCAAAUGGGCUGCGGCUGCAAAAUUACGACCUGCUACAUGGUGCCCUGUUCCAUCACUGCACCGAACGAGUGCCUCUGGACAGAUUGGCUGAUAGAAAGAAAGCUGUAUGGGCACCAAGCCAAGCACUAUGCCUGCAUCAAGAGAAGUGAUGGCACUUGCAGCUGGUACCGAGGUGGUCCUCCCCCAGAGAAAGACUUUAUUGAUAUCAGUGAACCUUAAACCCAUCACUUUCUAGAAAGCCUUGGAGGCUAAUUCUAUCAAACAUUGCACGCUCACAGCUUUGAACUGCCAUCCUCUAAUGUAUCUGUUGCUUAGAAACAAAACCAAAUUGUCCUGUACAGCUAAAGUACGAGUCUGUGGAAUUGGCACUCAUGCAAGAUGAGGAACAAAUCUCCUGGAAGUAGCUACUCUGUAAAGUUACACUUUGUACAGAGAGGCUCAAGCUGAGAAUGCUCCUCUGUGUCCUCCAAGGCACAACAAGUUUCCCUUUUACCAAUAUGAAUGUACAAGAACAAAAGAAUUGCCAGAUUUUUGUCCCCUAUUUCUGUUAAUUUACAGUGUAAGAGUUUAAUUCCAGCCCCAUGUUUCAUUCCAAAUCUUUCUGAUGAACUACAGAAUGUUUUAUAGAACUAUUUUUUCUGUAUGAAAGCCUUCUGAUACAAAAGAAUUAUUGUACAGUGUAAAGUGUUAUAACAAUGUGUUAUAAAAAAGAUUAAAAAAUCCCUCUUAUCUCCUUAUCUGUUGAAACAAGUUGAACAGUUUUCUGAUUAAAACAAUCUAUGCUCUGUAUUUUGUACAUUACUUAAGUCAAAGAUACCUAAGUUAAGAAACAGCUUUGAUAAUCAAAAUCCUCUUACCCAAUUCAAUAUUUCUAUGGACUAGGUAUAUUUUGGUGAAAGAAAAGCCACAUGUUCUAAUGCUUCAGCAUUUUAUGGAACCUCCACAAGGAACAACAGGCUAAACCUGCAUAUAUUUACAAAACCAUGUGGGGCAUCACAGGAGCUGCAGCACUUGAUAACACCUCUCUAAAUAUGACUAGGUCAUUGUCUUUCAGCACUGUUAAAAGCCUUGGCUUUAGAAACUCAUGUAAAAAUAUAGGCAAUAGAUACUGAAUAACUUACAUGGCAAGUGAUUCCUUUUAAGCUCUCAACUAUUCUAUCAUAUUGAAUAGAUUAAAUUUACAUGAAUGAUUCAUGAAUACCCCUCUGUCAUACAGCAUUUGGUAACUCAUGAACUAGAGAAGUGUUGCUUUUUAAUGUCUUAACUUUCAUGAAUCAAUUAGUAUAGUUAGUAACUAAUCUCACACAUAUUGAUGUUACAAAAGUAACUCAGUUCACAGUGGUAAAACUUAAGAAAUUCUUUCAGUAAAUGCCAAAGUUCAGACAAUUAUACAACUGCUUGUUCCAGACACUGGAUGAGACCUGUCGCACAGGGUAUGAAUCUGCAACAGCUGCCAUUUCUGAUGUAUUCUACUCUCUCCAAUUUUCCUCAUUGGGUUUCUUUUACUUCAUCCCAAUUUUGGCUAGAACAACAGGUGGAGAUCUAGGCAGCUCUGUUCUCCUUUGGUUAGAUCAGGUCUAUUUAAACACUGUGCUCAUUCCUGCUAACCAGUGUGACAUUUCCAGCCCAUGGGCUCACCAGGUAUCAGAGCUGUUACUGUCCAUUGGUUCAAGGCUCCGCUUUUCCAAAUAGUUCCUUACUCUGUUUGCUUUAGGGUCCUUACAAAAUCCCUGGGACUUCAACUUGCAAAGAAGAUAUGCACAUCCUGAAUGGAAUUAGAGGUGCCUAUGCACCUAAAUUCGAUGAAGUAGUAGUCUGGACAUCAAAUUCAGCAUGUUCCAUGUAUCUUGUCACACACUGAGUUAUGCUGUAUUGGACAUACAAUGUACACUUGUCAAAAACCAACUGUAUGAAUGAUUUUGGUGACAUAUUCUGUUCAUGGUUCUAAUGUUUAUUUUGAUACUUGCAUGGAUCCAUAUUUAAAGGACAGGUUUGAAAUGCUCUUGUGAGAAUAAAUAUUCUUACUUGUUUGGUGGCUAAACUUACACAACUCCAAUGAAGCACAAACGGAGCAGUGUCAAUGGGAAGGCAUGCCAUUAUUCCUUUGAGAAAUAUACAUUCCUUAAUAGUCAAUAUUUCUCUUUUCAUUUACUGGAAAUCAGUUUUGCUCUUUUAAUUUACAAUCCUAAAUGAAAACACCAUCUAUCUGUGCUGCCAAAAGUAAAGCCCAGCUCAUUUUCUGCUUUGCUAAAGGCAAACCAAGAAUUACCCAGCACUAAUUAGGACCACAGACUUACCAUGGCUACUUACAUAAACGGAAUACAAAGGCUACAUUUCUUCCCAAAAAGAGUUGAUAUUGCAGCUCCUAUACUGACAGUGCUAUUUACUGUCAGUGCUGAGCAGUUAUAUUACUAAUUUUUAGGAAGACUUAAAAAUGAGGCUGUAUUUCCUCAUGCCAAACCAAAAGCACUCCUAGACAAGCCUGCAAGAGUUUAAUAACCAUACAAAGGCUGAAUCAAGAGCAUGGCUAAUUACUAUUCAGCACAUGUACAGUGGAGCAUUUGUUUCCAAAUCCAUUUUGAUGCAAUGGUGUUUUCUGAAUAGCACUGUGCAGCAAACAGAUAUUUCCUGCUUUUUAACUCAACAUAGUUCUGCUUCUGUUUCAGUUUUAUAGUGAUCAGCUCUUAAACACAACUAAUCCAAAUGAGAAUUGCCUUCUUCAUGUACCUUGUAAAAAUACAUGUUUUCUUUGAUAUUUAUGAACAAACUGUAUUAUGAAUUGUAUGCCAUAGUUUUAAAAACAUUUUAUAUUUGACCUGCCAUAAAAUAUCCCAUAUGAGGUGUGUCAAAAGUAAUAGCCAUCCACUUUGAUUUCUGCCUGGGCAUAAAUCCAGCCAAAUUUCUUGCAAUGGAUGGUACAAAGGUGUUGGGUUUUUUUCCUCAUAUCAGUAAAUACAGCAAGAAAAACUUUACAGAAACCCCUCUCAGAAUGAGGUUUUAUCUUCCCUGAGAUUCAGCAGUGAUAAAGCCUAUGAAAAGGAUUACCUACAAUGCAGCAUUCCCAGCACAUUAUUUCCCUAUCAAGGUUUUUACUGUAGUGGCAUUGAUGUAUUACCAACAGUAGAUUAUUUUUACAGCAUUUUAUUUUUCCUUGUUGAAACUGUGUCCGUGUUAUAUGAAAGGUCAGAGCAGAAAUACAGCCUGGUACAACUUCUGAUUUUCAUCUGAAAAUGACACACAUGACUUCUGGUAGGAGAAGGGAGACUGUACAGGUGAACAGCUGAAAAAACAACACCUUGAAUUUUGCUGGCUUUUCCUCAAUAUUCCAGUUACGUUUUCAUUAAAUUGUCCAACAAUUAUGUUGAAAAAGCUGCUGUUUUGUUCUCAUGACAGAGAACGUAAGAAGUGGGAAUGUAGUGAAAUAAAGGGAACUAAUUACUGAGGGAAAGGCUGUACAUAUGACGCAGCUAGCACUGAGCUCAAAAAGCCUUGCAGCAUUUUGUAUAAUCAGCCUGAGAUGAAUGUUUCUGUUUCAAACAGUGUUUCAUUAAAGCAGCUCCAUUUUUACACAAAA